AUGAUCCUGGGCGUUGCUUUCACUCGGAGACUAUCUCUCUUGACAAAUGCCGAUAAUGGUCGGUGGAAUCAGUUGUCACAUGGGACUAAGGCUCUCAUUCAGAAUUGUGACAUUGGUCGGUUCCAGCAGCCGUUUGAGCGGGCGAUGCUGGAAUCGCAACGGGCGUUUUUCCCGUGCUUUCUCGCACGGUCUCCUUGGCGGGAGUUCCUGCGGGAAACGGAAGAGACCGCGUUGACACCUGCAAGCUGGGCUUGUGUCCUGCGAUCGAAGCUUUGCGACUGGCUGGUUGAUAUUCCUGUGCUUCUUGAGGAAAUUACGGGUAUCCUACGUAGUGGAAACUACGGGAUGAAGCUGAAGAGACUUGUGCAACGAGCCAUGGUCAUACAUGACCAGAUAGACGGUUGGUAUCUUGCUGAAGUGGUGCCGGCUGUUCCUGCACCACUUCGCCCAUCUGCUGAGUACUCUCAACCCCUCAUGGGUGUAUUGGAUUGUGUGACAAACUCUACGCUUAUUACCCUGGAAGAUGCUAUCUCCACCUCCGUUUCUCUGUUCUCCGAGUCGGAUGGUUUCCAUAAAUCCAUUGACUUUUCUAUCACCAUUUCAAAGCGACAGCAGACUAUCAGCAAUGCUCUGAAAUAUGUCCGGGGAUACUCCCUAGUGGCUGCCAAGCCCUUAGAAUUCGGCCUACAGCAGCUGCGAUCACUCAGAGCAGAUUAA